UACAAGGAUAUGGGACCAGAUCUAUUACUGAUCUUUGCCAAGACGUCAUUGCUCUCAUGCAUCUGUGUUUGCGAGGCUGGUGAUUGGAUCCAUGCCCAUGCUGAGGAUCAACUCUUUAAGAAACUCUUCAGUGGGUACAAUAAAUGGUCGAGGCCCGUGAAGAACAUUUCUGAUGUCGUAAUUGUCAAGUUUGGCCUCUCCAUUGCACAGCUGAUUGAUGUGGAUGAGAAGAAUCAGAUGAUGACAACAAAUGUAUGGCUGAAGCAGGAAUGGAAUGACUAUAAAUUGCGCUGGAAGCCAUCUGAUUAUGACAACGUUACAUCCAUUAGGGUGCCAUCUGAGCUGAUUUGGGUACCUGACAUUGUCUUGUAUAAUAAUGCAGAUGGUGAGUUUGCCGUGACUCACAUGACCAAAGCCCACCUCUUCCACACAGGAAAGGUGCUUUGGGUUCCUCCAGCCAUCUACAAGAGCUCCUGCAGCAUUGAUGUCACAUUUUUCCCCUUUGAUCUGCAAAACUGCAAGAUGAAAUUUGGCUCGUGGACAUAUGACAAAGCAAAAAUUGACCUGGAGCGUAUCGAGAACACUGUGGACCUGAAGGACUACUGGGAGAGUGGGGAGUGGGCCAUUGUUAAUGCUGUGGGAACAUACAACACAAAAAAGUAUGACUGCUGCCAUGAGAUCUAUCCAGACAUCACCUACUUCUUCAUCAUCCGACGCCUACCUCUCUUCUAUACCAUAAACCUCAUCAUUCCGUGCCUACUCAUCUCCUGCCUGACAGUGCUGGUCUUCUAUCUGCCGUCAGACUGUGGGGAGAAGAUCACACUGUGCAUAUCUGUCCUCCUUUCCCUAACGGUCUUCCUUUUGCUUAUCACCGAGAUAAUCCCGUCCACAUCACUGGUCAUCCCACUCAUUGGAGAAUACCUGCUCUUCACCAUGAUCUUCGUCACUCUCUCCAUCGUCAUCACUGUCUUCGUCUUAAACGUGCACCACCGCUCACCCAGCACUCAUGAGAUGCCGCACUGGGUUCAGUCAGUCUUCCUGAGCUUCAUCCCCCGUUGGCUGUUUAUGAAGCGCCCACUGCCACCCCUGACGCGCCGGCACCCGCAGCAGUUGCAGGUUAAGAAGCCGGGCCCGAACCCUGCCUCCCAACUCAGCACCUCUAACAGCUGGCUACAGCGGGAGACUGAUGUGGACAUCAGCAGACACAAAGACAUGGAAGGCAGGGCAGGUGGGGGGGUCACACCCACCUUCCUGCUGCCCCCAGCCACAGAUCGCCUCCUCACCGACUCUGAACCCCUGCUCAAUAAACUUGACUUGCAGCAGACUGGACUCAGGACAAAUCUUGUGCCCAUCACUCCACGACCCAUCCAGCUCAGCAACUUGCAACCAGACUCUGGGCUCUCCUUUCCUCACAGCAUCAUACAGGCCCUGGAAGGGGUGCAAUACAUCGCUGAUCACCUAUGUGCAGAGGAUGUAGAGUUCUGUGUUAAGGAGGACUGGAAAUAUGUUGCAAUGGUGAUUGACCGCAUCUUCCUCUGGAUGUUCAUCAUCGUGUGCCUGCUGGGGACGGUUGGUCUGUUCCUGCCCCCUUGGCUCACGGGGAUGAUCUAA